AUUAACUACCAUUACUCAGAAGGAAAUCCAACCCAACCAGUCAACCGAUUAACUACCAUUCCUCAGAAAGGAAAAAAAAAAAAAACUUUAGGGCAGAGUGAGAAGAUGAACCUUGAAACAUAUCCAUGGAAGCAAAACUCUUCAUCUUCCGUACUUUCUCCAUGGAAAUAUACCCAUCCUUCCUUAUUUCCCAAUGAUUCUCAAAAGAAAACUCAAGAUACCCGAGAAAGCCAUCUGGGUCUUCCCAGACCUGCUCGGAAAUCUGGUCGGAGGAUUUGAAGGAGAAAAACAAGGGUCUUGCGAGAUCUUGGAUUCCGGAGAAGAACUUGAUAUUCUUCAUCAUCCCAAUUCCACAUUCGAAAACCAUCAAACCUCCGAUAAGUCCCCCACUAUUGAAUCAGAGAACUGGGUAACUCCAAAAUCCAUCAAGGAAACUGCACCGCCGCCGUCCGCGUUGGAAUCGAUUGCGGCAGAUGAGAAAAGAUCUGAUCUUGAAUACGAGCUUUCCCAGAAAGAGAUCAACUUGGAAAAACUGCAGAGAAUCGCCGGUACUGGACUUCCUGAUGGAGGAACCCUAAGAGCAACAACCUGGAAGCUUCUUCUAGGAUAUCUACCAUCUUCAAGAGACUUAUGGGAGAAAGAAUUGAAUGAUAAUCGACUGAAAUACCAAAAGCUAAAAGAAGAGUUUCUCUCAAGCCCUGUAAGAUUCAUAUUGUUGAAACUUUUCUUAACUUGUAAUGUGUCUCGAUUAAUAUGUUGAGAAUUGGUUUAGACAGAAAGAAACGGAAAAGAUGCACACAAUGACGAGUUUGAUCAUCCUUUAAGCCUUGGAGAAACCAGUGCUUGGAAUAAGUAUUUCGAGUUUACAGAAAUUGCUAAUCAGAUUGAUCGUGAUCUACAACGUACACAUCCCGACAUUAAAUUCUUCUCCGGAGACACUCUGGUUAGCAAGAAGACCAAGGAGGCAAUGAGAAAUAUUCUUCUCCUGUUUGCCAAGAUUAACCCUGCAAUCCGUUAUGUGCAAGGGAUGAACGAGGUUUUGGCACCAUUGUACUACAUUUUCAGCAUGGAUUCUGAUGAACAAAAUGCUGAAAAUGCAGAAGCGGACAGCUUUUGUUGUUUUGUUAGGCUAUUGAGUGAUUCUGUUGAUCACUUUUGUGAACAAUUUGACAACAGUUCUGUUGGGAUCCAUUCGACUCUUGCCCGUCUACUCGAGUUACUUAAAGAACAUGAUGAAGAGCUGUGGCAACAUCUUGAAUUGACAACAAAGGUUAAGGCGCAGUUCUAUGGAUUCAGAUGGAUCACAUUGUUACUAACUCAAGAAUUUGAUUUCAAUUCAAUCUUGAGAAUAUGGGAUACACUUCUUAGCAAUCCAUAUGGUGUUCAGGAAAUGCUUUUAAGAGUAUGUUGUGCAAUGCUGCUCUGUGUGAAGGAAAGACUUGUGAAAGGCGAUUUCAUGGCGAAUUUGAAGCUAUUGCAGCACUACCCAGAAAUAAACUUGGAGCAUCUUCUUCGUGUAGCUCAGGAUAUCAGCCCUAACAUUUCUUCUCUUGGUCUGCCUUUUUAAAUUAUAUGGUAUCAUCAAUGUUAUCCUGUAUUUCAUACACAUUCUUCCUUCAGGGACUUGUAAAAAGAGAUUAUUGUUCUUUGUAAUCAAAAUACGGACAUUAGGACUUUAU